AGUCUGGCUCUGGCUCCGGUUCAGACUCCGAGCAAGAGAGACCCCGAUCCCCCAGCAACGCCUCGGGCAGCGGCAGCGAUAGUGAGAGGGAACGGGAUGACGAUGAUGAAGAGGAAGGCCAGGAGGCAGGAAAACCCAGUAUAAACAAGGAGCUGUUUGGAGACGACAGCGAGGAUGAGCAACACAGUCAACACAGCGGCAGCGACAACCAGUCUGAACGCUCAGGGAACCAGUCGGAUGCCAGCAUGCACUCAGACCAGGGCGACAAUGAUCACUCUGACGCAGAGCAGCACAGUGGCUCAGAGGAUGGAGGCCACCGGUCGGAUGGAGGUAGCCCGGCCGGCAGCGGGAUGUCCGGUCCAGGGAGCCCUCACUCUGAGAGGGGCAGUGUCCGUUCAGACAGAAGUGUGCACAGUGAUCCUGGCACGCCACAGUCAGGGCCGGGCACCCCUCGUUCAGAAGCAGAAGCUUCCGGCAGGGAGAACCAGUCAGAUGACGAGAAGUGGGAAGUGGGGGCAAAGAGCGACCAGUCAGAGGAUGAGGACGAGAAACGCCAUUACUCUGAUGAAGAAAGGGAGAACUCUGAUGAUGAGGGGCCUCGGAACAGGAAACCAGAUUCUGCAAAGGGCAGUGAUAGUGAAGAUGAUUUCCUCAGACAGAAAACCAAAGCAAAACCAGCCUCUGAUUCGGAUUCAGACAGCGAUAUCGGAAGAAAGAAAACAAAGCCGGUAGCAGCAGCCGACGACCUGUUUGGAGAGGCUGACGACAUCUCUUCAGACAGCGAUGCAGAGAAGCCGCCGACCCCGGGACAGCCCCUGGAUACAGAGGAUGGGAUGGAAGGGGAUCACGCAGAAGAGGAGCCUGCGCCCGAAACUCGUAUUGAAGUAGAGAUCCCAAAAGUCAGCACAGACCUGGGAUCUGACCUUUAUUUUGUCAAGCUGCCCAACUUCCUGUCUGUGGAGCCAAGACCCUUUGAUCCUCAGUACUAUGAGGAUGAAUUUGAGGAUGAAGAAAUGCUGGAUGAAGAGGGAAGGACCAGGCUCAAGCUGAAGGUGGAAAAUACAAUUCGAUGGCGAGCAAAGAAAGACGAGGAGGGAAAUGAAGCACGAGAGAGCAACGCACGCAUUGUGAAGUGGUCUGAUGGCAGCAUGUCGCUCCACCUGGGGAAUGAAGUGUUUGAUGUUUACAAAGCUCCUCUCCAGGGAGACCACAACCACUUGUUCAUCCGACAAGGCACUGGGCUGCAGGGACAGGCUGUGUUCAAAACCAAACUCACAUUCAGGCCGCACUCCACAGACAGCGCCACCCACAGGAAGAUGACCCUGUCUCUGGCUGACCGCUGCUCCAAGACACAAAAGAUCAGAAUCCUUCCCAUGGCUGGACGAGAUCCAGAGUCGCAUCGUAACGAAAUGAUCAAGAAAGAGGAGGAGCGGCUGCGAGCUUCUAUCCGCAGAGAGUCCCAACAGAGGAGGAUGAGGGAGAAGCAGCACCAGAGAGGCCUGAGCAGCAGUUACCUGGAGCCCGACCGCUAUGAUGACGAGGAAGAGGGGGAGGAGGCCAUCAGCCUGGCAGCCAUCAAGAGCAAAUACAAGGGAGGAGGAGGCCUGAGAGAGGAGCGAGCAAGGAUCUACUCGUCGAGCGAUGAAGGCUCCGACGAUGACAAGGCCCAGAGGCUGAUGAAGGCUAAGAAGCUAGACAGUGAUGAGGAGGGUGAGGGAUCAGGCAAGAGAAAGGCAGAGGACGACGACGAUGACGAAAUGGCCACCAAGAAGGCCAAGAAAUAUGUCAUCAGUGACGAAGAGGAGGAGGAAGAUGACGACGAAUAAUUCUUUUUUUUUUUUUAUCAUUCCACUGUAUUAUCAGUGCUCAGCCCACAUGGCAUAUAAACAGCCAUAAUAUGUUUUGUAGAUUUUCAUAAGACCUUUAUGUGUGUGUGUGGGUGAGUGAGUGUGUUUGUUGUUUGCUUGUUUAUGUUGUGUACAGCAGAGGUGAGAAAUAAAGAAAUGGUUGUCUUAUGUAACCAAAGCUU